AUGCGUCUUCUUCCUUUGAUCGUCAGCCUUAGUGGGCUGGCGAUUGCCACUACACCUAGCUCUUCGGUCUUAUCGACUACAAGUACUAGUACUAGCAGUACUAGCAGCACUUCCUCAUCUGCUACAACUGCUGCUGUAACCACUACCAGUUGUGGGUGUUCAACUUCAAAUACCGCAGUCACAGUAGCUGCUGAUGGCAGUGGUCAGUUCACUGCCAUUGGAGAUGCUAUUUCCUACGCUCAAAGCAAUGGCAUCCCUACUGUCACCGUCUCUGCGGGUACCUACACUCAGGCUAUCACAGUUUCAGCAACUCCCACCGUCACUAUUGUUGGUCAAAACUCUAACAGUGGCGAUUACACCGAAAAUGAGGUCACGAUCACUAAUGCCGGCACGGUCUUGACUGUGAAUAACAAUGUUGAGCAAGUCAGCUUCAAGAAUAUCAACUUUGAGAAUACCGCAUCGGCCUAUGGAGCUCUGAUUCUGAAGGGUAAUAAGUAUGCGUUUUACGACUGUCAAAUUGUCUCAACUGGAUCCCUGGGUAUUACGGCUAGCGUGGGUCUUGGUUUUAUUGCCAACUCCUACGUUGAGGCUCUUGACAAGGUCAUCUAUGGAGCGGCUAGUCUCUAUGUGUUCAAUACUGAGCUCGUCCCAACAGACAGCUCGGCUCUCUUGACAUACAUGAAGGGAACUACUGCCACUGACUCUACCUUGUACAACUCCACCGUCGUGCUCGACACUGUUACUGUGACGCAGAAGUCUGGAUUAUCAAACACCAAUGUGUUUUUGGCUGCUGCUAAUGGUGCCGGAACUGUGGUUGUCUACCGGAACUCAGUACUGGGCAGCUUUAUUGCGGCUUCUGGUGCUCACGUCGAUACUACCACUCAAGAUGGCUACAACUUCUUCGCCGAGUACUCUAACACUGGCUCUGGCGCCUAUGCGAGCAAUGCUGCCACUCGUGCGGAAUAUGUUUCCCUUCUGGAUGCUUCAGAAGUUGCGCAAUACAGCAUGAGUGAAAUUUUUGCUGCUGCUUACCCGUCUUAUGCCUCUUCCGAUACCACCUGGGUUGAUUCCUCGGUCCUUGCAAAGAUUGAAAGUGAUGACUCUGCUAUUCCAACUACUUCAACAUCUUCUACCCCAAUCUCGACUUCCACAGUUGCUCAGACCACGUCCUCUGGGUUCGUUACCGUGGUGAGCAGCUCUGCCACUACUACUAGCUCCGUGGCUUCCAGCUCCACUACUAGUACCUUUGUGGUCAACCCAACUGCCGGCCUUUACAAGAAUGUCACUGCUGCGAUUGCCGCUCUUCCCAGUGACGGCGAGGAAUAUACCAUUUACAUCAUGAGUGGUACAUACGACGAGCAGAUCUCUAUCACCCGUUCUGGAAAGACAAUCCUCCGUGGUGAAACCACAUAUGAGAAUGACUAUACCCAGAACACUGUUACCAUCGCGUACUCUAAUGGUGUUUUGACGAGCGCCAGUGAAGACGAGACAACUCCGGUAGUCAAUGCGAAGAAUUCGGACGGCAAGGGACUGGCGAUCUAUAACAUCAAUUUCCAAAACACUUACCCACAGACCUCCAAUACCGCUGCUCUUGCUGCUGACUUCUACGGAAAUGUUCAGUCUUAUGGCUGUUCCUUCAUCGGAUACCAAGAUACACUGCUUGCAAACAAGGGAACACAGGUAUUCUCCAACUGCUACAUUGAAGGUUCCAUUGAUUACAUCUGGGGUUUCUCGACUGCCUACUUCUACCAGAGUGUUAUUGCAGCAAACACCGCUGGAGCUUGUAUUGCUGCGAUGAGCCGCUCUUCUGACACUGCAACUGGAGGUUACGUUUUCGACAGUUGCGUUGUGACAUACACCUCGACCUAUGGCACCACCUACGAAGAUACUUGGCUCGGCAGACCCUACUCCGAGUACAGUCGAGUAGUGUACAUGAACUCGUACCUUGACCAGCACAUCAACCCUGCUGGAUGGCAUGUUUGGUCCACAAGCACGCCUCAAACCGACUAUGUCACAUUUGGAGAGUACAACAAUUCUGGUCCUGGAAAGUGGUCUAGCAGCCGUGCCUCUUUUGCCACAAACCUCACUGAGACUGAGGCGGAGGCAUACACUUUGGAAAACUGGAUUGGUGACACUUCUUGGCUUGACAUGACCGCAUAUGAUUAUGUUCCGUCCUAUAGUCUGGAUGAAGGAGCCAGCGGCACAACCACCGCCACUUCCACUUCUAACACAACUUCCACCGCAACCUCCACCACAUCGACAGCCUCAACAACAGCUACUUGGACUCACCCAACCAGCGGUACUGUUCCACCUGCUGGUGCAGUCCUGGUCAGCCCUUCCGGAAGUAUGAAUGGAUCUUACAGCAACCUCACUGAUGCAUUGGCCUCUCUCCCCGAUGACAGCUCUACCCAGAUUAUUUUCCUGUACGCUGGAACCUAUGACGAGCAGGUUCCAUCAAUUGAUAGAGAUGGACCAGUUAUGAUUAUCGGAUACACUACUGGAAACCCUGGUCAGAGCUAUGCCGACAACGAAGUGACCAUCACCUUCUCUCGGGGUCUUUCUGUUUCCCCACUUCCAACCGGCCACUCCGAUGCCGAGACUGCGACUAUUACGACCGCCUCUACACAGAUCGCUUUCUAUAACAUCAACAUUAUCAACUCGGAUAAUCUGGAUGGAUCAGAGUCCAGCUACGUGACCUUGGCUGCGUCCAUUGCCGGUAACCAUGUGGCAUUCUAUGGUAUGUUGACUAGUGUUUCAUCUCACAAUCACAAACGAUACUAA